GAAGAACUAACCAAGGAUUCAAUUUCGAGGCCGAGUCCUGCGGCUGUUUAUUUUCCGUUCGGUCUGAUGCUGCCACUUUUAUCUUUAUCCUGCGGAUGUCAGAACGUAAUCUCUGAGUUGACGGCAUUUAAACAGCCAACAACCGAAAAUGGUUGGUGUGCCGGGUAGAUCCAAGGCAUGCGUCACAUGUCGAAGGCGGAAGAAGGGUUGCGAUAAGAAAGUACCCUUUUGCGGUCAAUGUCUCGCCAUGGAUAUCCCAUGCGAAGGAUAUGAGCGUCAGCAAAUAUGGCUCAACAGCGAAGGUUCCACACAAAGGUCCUAUACCAAGUCCCCAUCACGGAGUCCAUCUUCAUCGCCGUCCAAUUCAAGCCCACCUGCCCCCGUAGUGAUACUUCACGACUCGCUCACGAGGACAGCUCGAACCCAAAAGUUCGCUGGUCUUUUCUGGUCAGAUUAUCUGUCUGGUGGAAGUGGCUUCUCACUCAAAGCAUCUGGGAUAACCAGUGCGAAAUGGAUGGCACUCUAUGAGGUUCUGAGUGACGCUGAAGCCAGUCUUCAAUACGUCGCCAUGGCGCUCAGCACAGCAACGCUUGGCGCGACCAAUAAUGAUGUCCAACUCAUGAACAAGAGUCAACAGGCGUAUGGAUUAGCAAUGCAGCAAAUGGCAACGUCAUUUAUAUCUCCAUCACGAAACAAGGAUGGUAUUCUCGCUGCUAUUCAGCUCAUGCGAGUAUAUGAGCAAUUAUUCGGCACAGGCAUUUCCGCAGCUCAAAAGAACUCACCCGUGUCGCAGAUCAAGGGUUUCAGAAAGCAUAUAGAUGGGGAGACUGCUCUGAUAUUGAGUCGUGGCCCUCAGGAUUCCUGGUCCUCCAUGGGAAAACAGCUACUAGCAGAUGGUCGUCUAACUUUGAUCAACGCAUACAUCUCACGGCGCAAACGAUCACCAUACAGCCAGGGUUGGAAACAAUCACAACUCUGGCGCUCAGUAACAAACUCCCCUCUCAACCAACUCAUUGAUAUCUUGGUUGAAGUACCAGCGCUUCUAGAAGACCUCGAUAUCUUCCGAGAAGCUCCAAGCAACGAACUCUAUAAUUCAAUUCUGACUCGAUGUCGCACCUGCGAGGUUGAGAUAUUAGCGCUGGGGUUGGGAUUUGGCGAGUCGCUCACUACCUACGACUAUACAUAUACCAGGGAGCCCUUACCGGUACCCAAGAACGACGAUGAUCUUGCGAUCGUUUAUCUGAGCUGCUACUACUGGAUGACUUGCCUCUUCAUAUACUCGACAAUGGGCUUCUGCGAACUCGAAUCCAUGGAUUCAUAUGCAAGAGGACCGAUGCUGAAUUACCCGAGUCAACGAAUUGCAAUGUCGUAUGCUUACAAAAUCGCGCAUGCCAUCCACUUAUUAUUCGAACCACCAGCUGGGACCUACAGCUCAGUAGCCGCAUUCUUCCUUCUGGGGACUGCUCUACGAUAUCUCAUCAUGGUAGAGACUCAUGGCGGCCAUGAUAUCAUGAGUAAAGAGAGGCUAUUGUUGGUUAAUAUAUUUACUCGACCAUUCCUAGGGAGCUUUGUUGGGAGGUUUCUGCAAAACCUGCAGGUGGAUGACGGUAUUGACUAUGGAUAUCCUGCGGACAUCCUUCUAGGGAUGAGAGGUAUUGAGUAUAGAGCCAGAGUCUGGUGGUGCGGAAUGCUUCAGGCUGGAUUGCCGGAAUUUACGCUAGAAGAUCCAUGUUAUCCGUCAAAAUGACAAUUUGUGUUAUAUAUGUUAUCAUCCUCAAACUAUAUACAAAGGAGCCUCCAAGCC